UGCUCGGUGACCUCGGAGUCGGUGCAUGUGCCAAAUGGCAGAUUUGGGAUCUUGAAGGGGAGCGGUUGCUGUCGGAACGAAGCCGCCUUGAUGGCUGCAUUCAACGGACCUCGGUGGUUGAUUGGUGCCAGCACCGCAACCCUUCUUCCUUACCUCAGGUACUUACUCUUCUCCCAUGCCGAUCAACAACAGCACAGACAAUCAAGCACUUUUACCACCUUUCAAUUCAACCACUGCUUUGACGGGGAACAGCUUCUUCCAGCGCAUAUCUCAGCGGUCAUUGCCCUGCGGGUUCCAACAGUUGCAAGUAUUCAAAUGCGUCAACAGAGCGAUGUGUUUCUGAGGAGCACGCAUGGUCCCUGCGACGAGAAGCCCUUUGGGUAGGGAGCCAUGUCGCCUCCGUUGACCCCCCUAUUAGCUAGGACUUACCGGGCUUUGCUUCCUUACUACCGGAGAGCCAAAGACAAAAGGCGGUGAGCGGUCACUAUUGUGUGGGAGGCCCUCAGAUCGACGCUGGGGCUUUCCGAGACGAACAUGCAGGAUUGUGAUCCAGACGCGGGAUGCUGAUCUUGCCUAAUGAGAUAAUUAUUAUUAUUCCUACACCGCUGUGCCCUUGGGCUUGCCGGACCUUCAACAACUUGCUAUACAGGAAAACCGCGCCCUCGUGGGCCGGGUGAAAAACCCA